AUGGGCUACCUCCUCUACAGCACGGUUUCCAGCCUCCUCGUCAUCUCAACUGUACUUUUCCUUACCCGUUCUCUUUGGCUUCAUUACAUCUCCGACAACAUGUUCGCUAUUCCCGGUUCCUCAUUCAUCUACUCGCGCCUGCCCUCCUCCUUCUCCGCCGACAUCGAGAGCGGCCUCUCCUCCUCCGACUUUGAUCUUACCGGCAACCUUGCCUCGGGCGACGCCCGCCGUGGGCUCGAUGACAAGAGCAAGCGGGAGAUCCAGCAUAUCAUGAAGAGCCGCCGGGUGAACUUCGACGAGGCGCGGAGGAUACACACCGAAGGCCGGUUCGCCAAAAACAACAUCGGUCCCGAUGGACUACCCAGAGACCCCAAGUUUGUGAGCUUCUCAUAG